CCUCCCUCUGCUCAUCCCCAACCAAACAACGAGAGAGAGAGAGAUUCAGAUCCAUCCACCCGCGUCCUCCCCUUCACCUCGGUUUCCUCUCCCACCACCCACCAGAUCCCGUUGAUCUCGGCGGCCGUACCCGGGGGAGGCCCCAAGGAAGGAAGGAGUGGUAGGAGGAGGAGGAAGGUGCGGCAGGAGGAGAGGAAGGGAAGAAGAUGUUCCUGUGGGACUGGUUCUACGGGGUGCUCGCAUCGCUGGGGCUGUGGCAGAAGGAGGCCAAGAUCCUCUUCCUCGGCCUCGACAACGCUGGCAAGACCACGCUGCUCCACAUGCUCAAGGAUGAGCGGUUGGUGCAGCACCAGCCGACGCAGCACCCGACGUCGGAGGAGCUCAGCAUAGGCCAGAUCAAGUUCAAGGCCUUCGACCUCGGCGGCCACCAGAUCGCGCGCCGCGUCUGGAAGGAUUACUACGCAAAGGUUGAUGCUGUAGUAUACCUGGUAGAUGCAUAUGAUAAGGAGCGAUUUGCUGAGUCUAAAAAGGAGCUUGAUGCUCUCCUGUCUGAUGAUUCCUUGGUAAAUGUUCCAUUUCUUAUCCUUGGCAACAAGAUUGAUAUCCUUUCUGCUGCCUCUGAAGAGGAGCUGCGGUACCACCUAGGCCUUAGCAACUUCACAACCGGGAAGGGCAAGGUCAACCUAGGCGACUCCAAUGUCCGGCCUCUUGAGGUGUUCAUGUGCAGUGUUGUCCGCAAGAUGGGCUACGGCGACGGGUUCAGGUGGGUCUCCCAGUACAUCAAGUAGGGCCCUUGCCGAGAUGCAUGCUCAGCCCAGCGAUUUUUUUUGCCUUGACAUUUGUUCUUGUUGGUUGUUCGGCACGACAACGAUGAUAUCAUGACAAUAUGGAGGGUAUGAAGAGAGAAACAAUGGUUAACAUUGGGAAACAUGUUGAAUCUUUAGUCUCAAACAAUUCGUUAUGUCAAACUCCUAAAAUUCUUUUGCUUUUCCGUAGGACGUUUACUAAGGACUUCAUGGCGAUGGAUUAUUGUUUCCUAAAUUAUGUCUUAUUCAGGGAUUGCAGCUGAAUAGUUGUCGUUACAUUUUCAA